GCAUGCGCGCUCUCACUGGGUCCUGGAGAGACGCUUAGGGAUCGAUUUUCCUUUCCUUUCUUUCCCGAUCGCGCGACUCUCCAAAACCCUUCCCACCCUACUGUUGCUGAGGAUCCUUCUAGUCAUUCACAGAAGGUGCUGCUCCGGCCUUGGGUGUCAGUACCCGGAUGUGGAGCCGGUCUCGCCUGGCGGGGACUCUGUGGCUGGGCGGAGCGCGGCGGCUUGUGUGGGGGCAGAGAGAAGGGGGCCCCUGGGCCGUGGCGCUAGCCGGACGCCGGGAGGUACCACCGCUGCCCACGGGGGAGGAGGCGGCCCCGGCCCUCGGGCGCCCGCCCCAGAGCGAGGGGCUGGGGGAGAAAAAAGGCCGGCAGUUAAGUUUGCUCCCCGCCGCCCUCGCCGUCCCCCCCGGGCUAGCCUCCCCCGGCCCCCUGCGCUCUCCGUGCUCCCAGCCGGGGGAGAGCGUGGUUUCCUGGCGGCCGUCGCUGUAGCCUGGCGGGGGAGCCCGGAGGAAGCGGAGGAGUCCCCGCCCACGACCCUCUCCCCUCUGCCCGCCCGCCGCCGCCUCAGAGCCGCUGCGGUCCGGCCUCCAGUCUGAGCCGGGGGCGCGGCGGCGGGGGCAGGGGCGCUGUGGGUUCGGCGGGGAUCGCGCCGCCCGCCCCGUGAGUUAUUCCCACGUCCCCCGGGGCUCGCUGCCGCCCCCGCCGGCGCCGAGAAUCCGGCCCGGGCCCAACUCCCUCACGGGCCCCCCGGCGGCAGCGGCGGCGGCAGCAGCGGAGCCCACCGCUCGGGCCCUGAUGAGUAACUCCCGGAAUAACCGGGUGAUGGUGGAAGGGGUCGGGGCCCGAGUAGUGCGCGGCCCGGACUGGAAGUGGGGCAAGCAGGACGGCGGCGAGGGCCAUGUGGGCACUGUCCGGAGCUUCGAGAGCCCGGAGGAGGUGGUGGUGGUGUGGGACAACGGCACCGCCGCCAACUACCGCUGCUCCGGGGCCUACGACCUGCGCAUCCUGGACAGCGCGCCCACGGGUAUCAAGCAUGAUGGAACCAUGUGUGAUACUUGCCGUCAGCAACCAAUCAUUGGCAUACGAUGGAAGUGUGCAGAGUGUACAAAUUAUGAUUUGUGCACAGUUUGUUAUCAUGGAGAUAAACAUCAUUUAAGGCAUCGCUUCUAUAGAAUUACUACACCAGGAAGUGAGCGGGUUCUGUUAGAGUCUCGUAGAAAAUCUAAGAAGAUUACAGCCAGAGGGAUCUUUGCAGGUGCCAGAGUGGUACGAGGAGUAGACUGGCAGUGGGAAGAUCAGGAUGGAGGAAAUGGACGUAGGGGAAAGGUAACGGAAAUCCAAGACUGGAGUGCAUCAAGCCCACAUAGCGCAGCAUAUGUUCUCUGGGAUAAUGGUGCUAAGAACCUUUACAGAGUUGGUUUUGAAGGCAUGUCUGAUUUGAAGUGUGUCCAGGAUGCCAAAGGAGGUUCUUUCUACAGAGAUCACUGCCCUGUGCUAGGUGAACAGAAUGGCAACAGGAAUCCUGGUGGAUUGCAGAUUGGUGACCUGGUAAAUAUAGAUCUUGACCUAGAAAUUGUACAGUCUUUGCAGCACGGUCAUGGAGGAUGGACUGAUGGCAUGUUUGAGACUUUAACUACAACUGGAACUGUUUGUGGCAUUGAUGAAGAUCAUGACAUUGUAGUACAGUAUCCAAGUGGCAAUAGGUGGACCUUCAAUCCUGCUGUUCUCACUAAAGCAAACAUUGUUCGAAGCGGGGAUGCUGCUCAAGGUGCAGAAGGAGGCACCUCACAGUUUCAAGUGGGUGAUCUAGUACAAGUUUGUUAUGAUCUGGAAAGAAUCAAACUUCUACAAAGAGGACAUGGAGAGUGGGCUGAAGCUAUGCUUCCAACUUUAGGUAAAGUUGGCCGUGUACAACAGAUUUAUUCAGACAGUGACUUAAAGGUGGAAGUUUGUGGCACAUCUUGGACAUACAAUCCAGCAGCAGUUUCCAAGGUGGCAUCUGCUGGAUCAGCCAUUAGCAACGCAUCUGGUGAAAGACUCUCCCAACUCUUGAAGAAAUUAUUUGAAACCCAAGAAUCUGGUGACCUCAAUGAAGAAUUAGUUAAGGCUGCUGCCAAUGGAGAUGUUGCUAAAGUGGAAGAUUUGCUAAAAAGACCAGAUGUGGAUGUGAAUGGACAAUGUGCUGGUCACACAGCUAUGCAAGCGGCUAGUCAGAAUGGACAUGUUGACAUUUUGAAGUUACUGUUGAAGCAAAAUGUGGAUGUAGAAGCAGAGGACAAAGAUGGAGAUAGAGCUGUUCACCAUGCAGCUUUUGGAGAUGAAGGUGCUGUUAUAGAAGUACUACAUCGAGGCAGCGCUGAUUUGAAUGCUCGUAACAAACGCCGACAGACACCACUUCAUAUUGCUGUUAAUAAAGGUCAUCUUCAAGUUGUGAAGACUUUAUUGGACUUUGGCUGUCAUCCCAGCCUUCAGGAUUCUGAAGGUGAUACUCCUCUUCAUGAUGCAAUAAGUAAGAAACGUGAUGAUAUCCUUGCAGUUCUUUUGGAAGCUGGAGCAGAUGUUACCAUAACAAACAAUAAUGGAUUUAAUGCUCUACACCAUGCUGCACUAAGAGGAAAUCCCAGUGCAAUGCGUGUUUUACUAUCUAAGUUACCGAGACCAUGGAUCGUGGAUGAGAAGAAAGAUGAUGGUUAUACUGCCUUGCAUCUGGCUGCCCUUAAUAAUCAUGUGGAAGUGGCUGAACUGUUGGUACAUCAGGGUAAUGCAAACCUGGAUAUCCAGAAUGUGAACCAACAGACAGCCCUACACCUUGCUGUUGAACGACAGCACACCCAGAUUGUGAGGCUUUUGGUCCGUGCAGGUGCCAAAUUAGAUAUUCAGGAUAAAGACGGGGAUACUCCUUUGCACGAAGCUCUGAGGCAUCACACCUUGUCUCAGCUACGUCAGCUCCAAGAUAUGCAAGAUGUUGGGAAGGUCGAUGCUGCCUGGGAGCCAUCCAAAAACACAUUAAUAAUGGGACUUGGCACUCAGGGGGCAGAGAAGAAGAGUGCAGCGUCGAUUGCCUGUUUCUUGGCUGCUAAUGGUGCUGACCUUAGCGUUCGAAAUAAGAAGGGUCAGUCCCCACUUGAUCUCUGUCCUGAUCCAAGUCUCUGCAAAGCACUGGCAAAGUGUCAUAAAGAAAAAGUCAGUGGUCAAGUGGGUUCUCGCAGUCCUUCUAUGAUUAGUAAUGAUUCUGAAACCUUAGAAGAGUGUAUGGUGUGCUCAGAUAUGAAGAGAGACACUCUUUUUGGCCCAUGUGGACAUAUUGCUACCUGUUCUUUAUGUUCUCCACGAGUCAAGAAAUGCCUCAUCUGUAAAGAACAAGUUCAAUCCAGGACAAAGAUUGAAGAAUGUGUGGUAUGCUCUGACAAGAAAGCAGCUGUUCUUUUUCAACCGUGUGGACACAUGUGUGCUUGUGAGAACUGUGCAAGCCUGAUGAAAAAAUGUGUGCAGUGCCGGGCAGUAGUUGAACGAAGAGUGCCUUUCAUUAUGUGUUGUGGAGGGAAAAGUUCAGAAGAUGCCACCGAUGAUAUCUCAAGUGGAAAUAUCCCGGUGUUACAGAAAGACAAGGAUAAUACCAAUGUCAAUGCAGAUGUGCAGAAGCUGCAGCAACAGUUACAGGACAUUAAAGAGCAGACAAUGUGCCCUGUAUGUUUGGAUCGCCUGAAGAAUAUGAUUUUCCUUUGUGGCCAUGGAACAUGCCAGCUCUGCGGAGACCGAAUGAGUGAAUGUCCUAUUUGUCGCAAGGCUAUUGAACGAAGGAUUCUUUUGUAUUAACAAGCUCAGUGUGUUUUGUUAGCUAAGGUAUUUGGUCAUGAGCUCUUAGUAAGCUUUUAAGCUGGUUGGAGGUUCUAAUGAAUUAAUUUUUAAUAUCAUAGUUUCUUUACUAGAGCGUAAUUAGACUAUAAAUGUACCAAAACAAAAAAAAACUCUACAAAACAAUCUUUGAAGUCAUGGGGGGGGUUUUUGUUUGGUUUUUAAUUUGAAACAUCAAAUCCGUGUAAUUCAUAGGUAAUUUACUUUUGGCUUCUAAGGGGAAAAGUCAUUUAAAGAUCUGUUAUUUUUUGUUUUUAUUGCAUCUUCUCUUAUGGUUUAUGAAUUUGUUAGACCUCAUAAGAUACACUUCCUUAUGAUCUGCUUUCCUUCAUUUUAUUAUGAUUUUAUAAAGUGGGUUGACACAGGUACUCAGAAAGUUAAUGCAUCAAAUAAAUGAAAGGGGCAAGGUAAACCAUUAUGUCACAUAUGUUAAAGGAAUAUUGAAGAGAGAAUUCUCUUUGUAAGAUAACGUAAAGUUAUCCAAAUGAUUGUUUCUGGAUUCUUAGAGUAAAUGGAAACAUAGAAUGAGAGAAUAAUGACUUCGCAUUUAGCUUAUUUUCUAGAUACUAAAAGGAAAAGGAGAUUUAAAUCUGGUUGCCAGUUUCAAAAUGACUCAUAGAUAUGAAAAGGAAAAAUAAACAAUCAUAAUAGGGAACUAAAGGGAGGAAAAUUAUCCAAUAAAAGAGUACUUAUUAAUUAACUGUUAAUACUUGCCUUUCUUAAUUUAUACACUGUUCAGUUCAGCCAGCCUUAAAAAAAAUAGUGUUAGUGAAAAUUGUACCUCAGUUUUCUCUAUGGUUGCUUAUCCUGGCUUGAUCUGCCCAGUGAAAUGAUAUUCCCCUAUUUGGCCUCUGAGGUUCAAUUUAGUUUUUCUAAUAUACUGAAUAGUGGUAACCCAGUGAUCUGAGAAGACUAAUGCAUUAUCCAAAGGCAGCAAUCGUUUCUUCUCCAUAUCUAUUAAUUCUGACAGUGUUACUCAUUCUACCUUCAUCAUAGGCCUUGCUUCCACUCUCUGAUAGUAUGGCUUACUAUAAAGAAAACAGUCUCUCUUUAUACCUACAGAUGAGGAUAUUAUGCAAACUGCCAGCAAUAUCCAAGACAUAGUAAAUAACCUAAUAAUAAAUACUUACUUUAGAAGGAGUGACUAGGACAUGUACAGAAAUAUAUCUGAUUACCUGUAGAUUUUUUUAUACUCAAACUUUGACUUUAGAGUAUCUAAUCAUUUUCUGUCCUUUGAAUGAGUAAUCUUACAACACCCAGAAUGAAUGUACACAUAAAUAAGUGUUUUGGGGUUCGUUGCUGCUAGAUUACAAAAAUAUCAGCUGUUUACAGUAGUGUCUACUAUAUAUCAUGUAUAAACUUACUCCUAAGGGUAGUUAUUUUUUUAGUAGUUUUUUCUUCCCCUUUGAAUCUAAUUCUUAUGUCAGUUUUUCUGCUACAACUAAUUUUGAAAGUACAAAGUCUCUAGCUCUCAUAACAUCAUGUUUCUGGCUAUUUCAUGACUGCUGCCUUUGCAAGACCUGGUGAAAAUAAUAGUGAGCUUUGCUGGCUGAUUUUGUAGUUUUGGUAAUUUCAUAUCUGUGUUUAACUUAGUAACUUAUCAUUUAGAACAGGAAAAUUUUUAUAAAUUUACAUUUGAAAAUUUAUAUCGACUUUACUCAGUUAUCUAAUGGGCCACUGAGGCUAUUUCUUAAGCCAUAUUUUGAAGUUAUGAAAAGAAUAUCUGACUGAUGAUGUUCACAUAAAGAGACAGACUAUUUUCUUUUAGGUUUAAAAAUGGCAAAAGUCAGAGUUUUCCUUUUCUUCCAUGCUAUGGGCCACCCAUCUCUUUUCCAGUAGAUCAGCUGGUAAGGGGAGAGCACCUGGCUGACUCCUGCAUAGUUUGGCCAACCAGAGAAUCGUAUGGUCUAGAGCUCUACUUUACUUAAACCCUUUUUAUUUGUCUUCUGAACUGCAGUGCUAAAACAUAUAUUCCUAAAAGGAAAUUUCAUCUCCCAGUCUAGUUUAUUUCCACCGUAUUAAAAAUAUAAUAACUUACAAACUAUUACAAAAGUCAAAAUCACUAUAAUUAUUGUGCUCUGUACUUGUGGAUUUUCUGUAUUUGUACCACUUUGAAAUUUAUUUAAUGAAUAGAACAUAUUUCUCUAUUCAUGUUUUCAAGCACCUAAAAAUUAUUUUAAACUUGUUUUGGGAUUGUGAGAGAGAAUAAGAUUAAGAACUGAAUUGUUUAAGUGACUUUCCUCUAACUGUGUGAAACUGCUACCUCUUAUUAUAUAUGUCUCAGCAGUACUUUCCCAAUUAGGUAUGUUUCCUUCUCAUAGCUAUGUAUCAUCUCUUUAUCUUGUGCCUCAAAGAGCUUUUACUUUUCCUUAAUCAUUAAAAAAAUAACAGACAUGAAUUCAUUCAAAAAUGUUAUUUAUUAGGCUUCAGGGGCUAGAUAUACAACAUUGAAAAAAAUGGUCAGCAUCUUAGCACGUACAGAAUUUAUGCAGCCAUUGUACAUUUGAAAUAACAUAGACAAAAAGAAGAGAUCCAAAGGUACUGAUAACAUUUCUUCCUAAUGUUUCAUAAGAGUUGUCAUUAAGUAGUAUUUGUACUCCCUCUUUCUAUCCCCUCUCUCCUACCACAUUUUCUCCUUUAUUUUUCUAAGAUUGUCAGCUCUGUUACCCAAAACAUACAGACAACCUACCAGAUGGUGCUAUUCUAAUUGUUUUUCUUCACAUAAUUUAACAUUUUUACUGCUUAUACUAUAUACAUAUUUAAUUUUAUUGGGAGCAAGAAGGCUUUUCAAGAGAAGGUCAUUUUGUAUUAGUAUAGGAAUAUUAUAUUAGACAAGUGUUUAGUGUAGCUGGCCGAAUUAUGCUUGGUUAUUUGUAAUUUUCAUUGCAAAUUGACCAGCUAGCUACUAAGGCCUAAAAUUAAUUGUUGAAAUGUUGAAAAUAACUUUCUUAAAUUUAUAUCUUUGAUGGUUUUAGCCUGUAAAAACCAUUUUAGCAUAUUGAAAUGCAUGCUGCUUAAGAUUUGUCCAAUUCAAAUUUCAAACCUUGCUUCAUUUUUACGUGGUAGAAAUAUGCUGUCUAGUUUAUGUUGUUGCCCAAUUACUGUUCUUUGUUUAUUAUGAAUUUUGGACCCUUUUAGACUAGGAAUUAAACUUAUGAAUUAGGAGAAUUAAUGAUGGGGUAGGAUUGGGAGGACAGUGGGGGGCUGCAGCAAAUAAGAAAGAAAAGUCAAUGUCUGAAUUAAGAGGAAAAAGGGAUCAUGUAGAUUUCUUUAAAGCAGUAAGCCCAGAGAGUAUAUUUAAUUGAAUAGUAAAAAGUGUCUUCAACCAGUUUUCAAUGUAGUUUAAUUGACAGUUGCUUUGUAAAUUACAGGCUUUCAUACAGCUUGCUUUGAAAAAACAUGCAAAAGGAAAAGCACUUACCUUAGUGUCUAAAAUAUUUUAUAGUCAUAGCUUGUGUAAAAAUUGAAUUUUGGAAUAGAAUUUUUUUGCAUUUUUUAUUGUAAAAACACAACAUGAAAUUUACCAUCUUAAUCAUUUUUAAGUGUACAGGUCAGUAGUGUUAAUUAAAUUCACAUUGUUAUGAAAAAUUGAAACAUCUUGAAAAAUUGAAAUUCUAUACCCCUUAAACAACAGACCCCCUUCCACUCCUCUCCCAGUGAAAUAGAAUUUUGAUUAAAUAUAAAAAGAAGCACCUGAAUUAUCUUAAUUAUUUGUGUUCACAAGAUCUAACGUCAUGGUAAACAUCAAGUUACUAAAAAUUUGGGGACAACAGAAUUUCUUCCCUCCCUCCCAAUUGUCAUCAGUCAUAAUUGAGUAGGUUCUAAAUGUCUGUUAAUUGGAAGGGUUUGUGAUUUUAUUUUGAAUCAGAAGGGAGAAACACAUUUUAAACAUUAAAAUUAGGUUAGCUUUGAAUUUGUACUAAAUUGGGAAGGUAAAAGAUUUUUUCAAAUUAUAUGUGCCUUGUUGAAAAUGUCAGUCUUUAAGUCUACUUGUAACUGUUUCAAUUUUUUUCCUCUCAAAAAGCAACCUAAUUUUAUUUGCUUGACUAUUAUGAUAGGAAUGCUUACUGAUAUUACUUGAUAAUCAUAUAUAGCCUUGGAACUUUAACAUAUACUUAUAUAACUAUAACAGUAUUAUUAAUUAUAGUUGUACUUCUUUAAAACAUUAAAUUUGAGGAAAAACUAUUCAGUGAUGUCUUGUGUAUGUUGCUUGUCUAUAGUGAGGGGAAAAAUCCUUUAGAUUGAGCCUCAGUUUACUGAUAAAUGGUUAGUAGUGGGUGAAACUAGAAUAUAAAAAUAUGAACUAGAUCGUGGAGCUGAUGAAUUUAAAUUGUAAGUUGCUACAUGGGCAUUUUCUAUCUUUUUCUGUCAAGAGUAUUACUUUUCCAACAUUCAUAUUUGUGACUAAGGAGGAGAUGGAAACCCAAGAUUAAAAUUGAAAUUUUUAUUUUGUUGAGAAUUUAAGCAGUAGGCACAGAAAGGUGACUUUGCCACAUCAAUUUGGUGCCUAAAUCCAUAACUACAGGUUAUAAUUGACAUGUAUAAAAUGUGUAGGAAAGAUAAUAUUGCUGAAUAUGUUCCUUUCCCUGUACAGUCUAUUUGAUUUUGUUUCAUAAACAUGACUUCUUUCCUCCAAAAAGCAAAAUGGUCCUGUAAUUUUCUAUAAAAUAAACAAAUGUGCCAUUUUGUCUGAAAUCUAUAAUUUCAGGAAGCUAUCGAAAGUUCUGUCUCAGGGCUUUUUAACAAUUUAAGCAAUUGUUGAUUAUAUUUUGGAAACUCCAUCUACAUGGUUCUUCAGUGCCUUGAAAGAAUUAUUAACUUGGCAACACUUACUAAAACUUUAUAGAAGGCAGUCUUUAGUGUGUGUGUAUCAUCAUACACACGUUUCUAAGUUGUAUUGCUUAGCUUGUGAAAUAGCAAUACUGUAUGUGUGCUGGGUUAGGGUAAUUCUUUAAAGGAAGUUUUCUAGAUUUGCACUUGAUACUUGUUUUUUAAAAAGUGAUUAUUUAUGGCCAUGACACUGUUACCAGAAAAGUAAUUCUAUGUAAAGUCGUUAUGCAAAGACAUGUAUAAGUAGCAUCUGGGAAGAGGAGAUAUAGGGUUCAAACAGUUUAGUUUGCAAGGAAGAUCUGUUUGGUAAACACAGAUGGUCUUCCCCUCAAAUGAAAACCUUUUGUUCAAGUGAUUUGGUUUAAAAAAAAAUUGUUUUGCAGGGGUGGGGCUGGUCAUGAAUUGCAUGUCAUACUUAUGCUAGUCUUACUUAGAGUGAAUCCACAAAUUGUUUUUAAGUUCAGUAUGCUUUGUCAUUCUAGAUACAGUAUAUUUAUUCAGUGCUAGAAAGCAAUUUAAUUGACUCAUAGCAGUAUUUUGCUUUGUAUUUUUCCAAUGGUUUUUAGCUUUCACUUGAUUAAAUUUAGAGUCUUGUUUGUGAAUAUAGUUUUUGUAUGGCAAAUGAUUCUUGCUUAUUAGCUCCUGUUAAAAAGAAAAAUGCUUAGCAAGAGCUAAGCUUUUAAAAAUAAAUGCAAACAUUUACCAUUAAUAAAAUCGAUGAUGUAGUAUCAUAA